AUGGCAGACCCCAAAAUCGUCUUCAUCACCGGCGCCAACACGGGCAUCGGCUUCCAGAUCGUCAGGGCGCUGUAUAGUGCCGACAAACCCUACACGGUAAUUGUUGGCUCGAGGUCGCUCUCAAAGGCGGAGGAUGCAAUCAGUUCCCUAAAGACCGAGUUUCCUGCUUCGACGAACACGCUCGUCCCGCUUACCGUUGACAUUGAGUCGGAUGAGUCGAUCGAGAGUGCGGCGGCUGAGGUUGAGAGCAAGUUUGGGAGGAUCGAUGCGUUGAUUAACAAUGCCGGCGCCCAAUUCGACAACGAAAUCGCGACAGGCAGCCUCACCGCGCGCGCCGCCUGGCUCAAAUCCUGGAACGUCAACGUCGCCGGCACCCAAGUCCUCACAACGACCUUGAUCCCCCUCCUCCUGAAAUCCGCCGACCCGCGCCUCCUCUUCGUCACGUCGGGAACAUCCUCCCUCGCCAACCACGUCGCACGCACAAUCCCACUCGACACGCCACCGGCCGCAGGCUGGCCAAAGGACACCAGGGCGCCCAGCGUAACGGCCUACCGCGCCACGAAGACGGGGCUGAAUAUGCUGGUGCGCGAGUGGGAUCGGAUACUCAAGAACGAUGGGGUUAAAGUUUGGGCUGUUAGUCCGGGACUGCUUGCGACGGGUCUGGCGGGGGGUCCCGAGGCGAUGAAGAAGAUUGGGGCUGAGGAUGCGAGUGUUGCCGGGCCGUUUUUUAGGCGGAUUUUGGAGGGUGAGAGGGAUGGAAAUGUGGGUUUUGUCAUCACCAGGGGAUCCGUGCAGCCGUGGUAG